GCGCUGCCCGUGCGCACCGGGUCGACGGGCAGUCUUUUGGCCCCGAACCGGGUCGUUGCGGGUUGCCCUCUUGCUGGCUGCAAAAGCGUCUCUUGGAUGCCACCUGCUGGUCAGGUGGUGACACUCCCCGCGUUUAUGGCUCCACUUGGGUCGUUGCAAGUGCCGGCAGGGAGGACGAUGCUCACAAGCCCCGGGCGCACCGCAACAGAUGGGCGCGCGUCUCCGGCCGGCGUCGGUGGCGCGACUGCUGGAUCCUUGCACCCCCCGCCCAGCCAGCCCAAUGGCACGAUGCUCACAAGCCCCGGACGCAGUGCAACGGAUGGGCGCGCCUCGCCGGCUGGCGUCGGUUCCGCGACUGCUGGAUCCCUGCAUCUCCCGCCCAGCCACCCCAACCGCACGAUGCUCACAAGCCCCGGGCGCACCGUACUAGCUGACGGGCGCGGCUGCCCCGCUGGCGUCGGUUCCCUGCACCUCCCGCCCAGCUAUCCCAACGGCCUGGCGAGUCCUGGAGGCCUUCUGCCACCGACAGCGAAGUCUCCGCCACCGAGUGCUCAUGCGGCACAGUCGCCCCAUCAGUUUGCUGCCAAGCUGCCGGCACACCCAGCGACUUUCGUUGGCACUCCUCCCCGUGCGGUCGGGGGCACCGGGCCCGUGCUUUAUCCGGGAAGCCCGGGACAGCUCAGCCCAUCGACUGGAAGUUUGGUGGCACCUCCUGCUUUGCUGUCGCCUCAGAGCUUCAGCUUGACGGUCAAUCCAGCCCAGGUGUUGGGUGGGUCGCCGCAAUGCUCGGCGCGAUCCCCUAAUCUGGUACGAUCGGCCAACAGCUUCAGCUCAGGAAGCUUGCCACAGAGAGCGUUGUCUCCCUCGCCAAAGGUUUUGCCUGGCUUGCCUUACCAGGCCGUGGCUCCUCCAGGUGUGCCUGGCACGGUCUCUUGCUGUACGAGGAGUGUCUCGCCCUCCUCAGUGCCGUUAUCUCCGCCCGGGGUCCGAGCACAGGCGCCCGGUGGCCAAGGCUUGAAGUUCGUGCCACAAGUGCUCCCGUCGCCAAGCCCCUUGCCACAGCCCUGGGCGAUGCGCCGGUCGUAG